AUGGCCAUUUUUACUACGCCCCGGUCCCUUCAAAAUGCCUACUCAGUGGUACCCCGUCAGUUCAUGACGCAGUCCCACAUGGACGUCUCUCCCGCCCUCUUCCAGAAUUCCCCCCCUUCCAGACAUCCACCCUUCUUGAGCCUUGUCCUUCUUGUCUUUGAGGCGGUCCUCGAAGUCAUCUGUGUCAGUCUGCCAGGGUAUAUCGCUGCGAAACAAGGCCUGUUUGAUGCAGACGCUCAGAAAAUCGUCGCCAAUCUCAAUGUCACACUAUUUACGCCAUGUUUGAUCUUCACGAAGCUGGGGUCACAGCUGACUGCGGAUAAACUCACCGAUCUAGCCAUCAUUCCUUUGAUUUUCAUCGUCCAAACCCUUGUAUCCUACAUCUGCGCUUUCGUGGUAGCUCGAUGCUUCCGCUUCAAGAAACGCGCGGCCAACUUUGUUACGGCCAUGGCGGUGUUCGGCAAUUCGAACUCUCUUCCGAUCUCCCUCGUAAUGUCACUUGCGCAGACAUUGAAAGGCCUCCACUGGGACCGGGUGCCCAAUGAUAACGAUGAUGAGGUGGCGGCCCGAGGGAUUCUCUACCUACUGAUUUUCCAGCAACUUGGCCAGCUCGUGCGCUGGAGCUGGGGUUACCACGUUCUUCUCGCCCCUAAAGAACGGUACUUGGAAGAGGCUGAGGGGGAACAAGGGCCAGCAAGCAUUGAACAGGGCCUGGAGAGAUAUAGCGACAAUCCGGAGCUGAUACACCCGGAUGAGCCAUUGAUCAGAACUGGAAGCUCCGAGGAUGGUUUGAGUGGUUCGUCCACUGGAGAUGAGGAUUCUAGCGAGUUCCAUUCUGGCGAACAAACGCCAGUCACAGUACGCACCUACUCGUUUACCAAACUGCCCCCCGACCAGGGGGGCCAUGAAAGCCAUCCCCCCUUGCCUGAAGCCCCGCCACAUGUGCCUUUCUUGCCCCGGCAGAGCACACAAGGAAACAUGCACUGUUUUCCCAGUGUUAAGAUGCCGUCCCAAGAAGACGAACAUAAAGCAGGGUUCACUGUGCGCGUUAGGUCUUACACGCGUCGCCUUAGUGGUUGCGUCACCAGCAACUGCGGGGGUUUUGCCACAAAGGCAUUUCAAAAACUGCCCACCAGGGCCCAAAAAUUAGUGUUAGUGACCUGGAUGGGCACACGAAGGUUUCUCUGUGGUGCUUGGCAGUUCAUGAACACACCGCUUUGGGCAAUGCUUGCCGCAAUUGUGGUCGCGUCCGUUCCGUCGUUGCAACAGUUGUUUUUCGAAGAAGGCACUUUUGUGCAAAACUCGGUGACUCGAGCGAUCAACCAGAACGGCCAGGUUGCCGUGCCCUUGAUCCUCGUGGUUCUCGGUGCCAAUCUAGAGAGGAACACCUUGCCUGAGGAGGCAUUGGAAGAUAUGGAGCACCCCAGUGAGGAGCGAAGGUUGAUAAUCGCAUCUCUGGUGGCGCGUAUGCUGCUCCCGACUCUGAUUAUGGCCCCGUUGCUUGCCAUCGUAGCGAAAUACGUCCCCGUGAGCAUCUUAGACGACCCCAUUUUCGUCAUCGUCUGUUUCCUGCUCACUGGUGCGCCAUCCGCCCUUCAACUGGCCCAAAUUUGCCAGAUCAAUAAUGUGUAUGUUGGGGCGAUGUCGAAGCUAUUGUUCCAAAGCUAUGUUGUUUGGAUUCUUCCUUCCACGCUUAUUCUUGUAAUGUGUGCACUGGAGGUGGUAGAAUGGGCCUCCGCUUAA